CAAGCGCACGCCACAAUUCCACUUUCUCUAAACUACUACGAAGUAUUGGUUCAAAUUUAAAAUGCAGCGAUUUAAAACUUUUGUUCUUUUCUUUAUCACUUAUUGGGAAUUCAAGUUAAGUUCAGCCGUUCAAAUAAAUUACAUUAAAGUUCCAAGUGCGGUGAAGAAUGACUCAGGAUCUCCGGUGAUUCUAGAUUGUAAUUACUCAGUCAGACCUGAUGAUAGUGAAUUAGUGGUCAAAUGGUUGUUAAACGACGAAGUGGUGUACCAGUGGAUACCACCACAAAAACCACAAAGUUUAGGGCGACUGAAAAAUCGGGUUGAUUUGAGUUACAAGGCGGUGACCGACGAUCCGAAAAGUGUUUACAGAGCUAUGAAAAUUUGGAAUCCUACUACAGACAUUGCGGGGGAGUACCGAUGUUUCGUGUCGACGUUCGCCGAUGAAGAUUUUAGUGUGAAGAAUAUGAUAGUUUUUGAACCUGAACGCUCCCUUGUUAUCUUAAAGCAAGAAUUUAACCACCAAAGUGUUAACUUUACUUGUUAUGCUAAUGAAGUAUAUCCAGCACCAAAAUUAAUUCUUUACAAGGACCGGACUGACGAUUUUUACAAUAAAAAUCCGCUUCAAACUCUUGAAUGGAACACCAGUCGGCAUCCAAAUGGCCGCUUCUCUGUGUUUGUCGUUGCUCACGCAAUGGUAGAUUCUUUAGCUCCUGGAACUUUAAUCCACUGCGAGUUGCGCAUUCCUGGCACUGGUUAUGUUAAGAAACGAAGUUUACUUUAUUAUCCAACAGCUCAAACUGGAUGUGGGAGAGUUUUAGACAGAUGUAGCGCUCAACUCGUCUCGAUUUUGUGUUUACUGAUUUUAGCUUUCAGCAUUUAAUUGUGGAUUUCUUAGGACGAUAAUAAUUUAUUAUAAUUGUGUUAACCUGGUGUUUAUAGAUGGCCCAUUUGCGAAAUCUACAUCAAAAAACGCAAGUUUAAAUUUUAUGUAUAAAUCUGUGGUUUGAAGUUAAAAGCGCCAAUGUCAAAAUUGAGACAUGUGAGAAAAUUGCAACUAAAGCGCUUACAUAAAAGAAAAAAAUCUUUUUAAUUACAGCUGAGAGGAAGUCCAAGUUUUACUCAUAAACGUUAUAAUAUCUUAAAAAAAAAUUGAUAGUGUAUUUAAAAUUAAAAAUUAAAAUAUUUUGUAAAAUGACAUCGGCCCUCUCAGCUCCUUUUAGCUACUCGAAUAAUAGCAAAUUAAAAACAAUAAUUUGGUUGGGCUGCACAGAAAUUAGACAAAGAAUGUGUUUUUUUUUAAUUUUGAUGUAAUAGAGAAGGAAAAAAUAUGUUUCUUAAUGUGUGUUGAUGUUUGUUGUCGUCGUUAAAUCGAUCCUUGCUCGCCACUCAUCUUUUCUGCCUUAAAUUAAUAUUGCGGUUCUUGUAAUUUAUUGUCGCCCAUGAAAUUAGUGAAAAACAUCACGCCCUUGUGACGUCCUAUUUUACGAGUCGCUGUAAUAUGUUUAAAACCCAUAAAACUUUAAGAGACUCAAAACUUUAGGUGUUAGACGGUGCCUUGCACCGUCCAAUUUGUUUCAUUGUUAUUUCAGGUGUGAACUUGUAUUUUUGUAAAAUAGAAACCUCAUGAUUAUUUAUUAAUAAAUAAAUA